UCUGGUGACCUCCAACCCCACCCCCUUAGCAACUUCUCCAGGCUCACAGGAAACCACCCCAGGAAUGUUUGAUCCCAAGCUCUUAGAUGUCCCAGCCGUGAUCUUUGAUAAUGGGUCUGGGUUAUGCAAGGCCGGCGUGGCAGGGGACAGUGCCCCAAGGUCCGUCAUCACAGCCAUCGUCGGCCGCUCAAAAGCCAAGGCCACGAUGCUUGGAGCCGGCCAGAAGGAAUACUACAUCGGAGAAGAAGCCCAGUCCAAGCGCGGAGUCUUGUCGUUGAAUUACCCCAUUGACCACGGCAUAGUGACCUCCUGGGAUGAUAUGGAGAGGAUCUGGAGGCACGUCUAUGAGUGUGAACUCAGAAUCAAAGCCAGUGACCAGCCGGUGCUUCUGACGGAAGCCCCGCUGAAUCCCCUCCAGAACCGGGAGAGGAUGACGGAGAUCAUGUUUGAAGGCUUCAAUGUGCCCGCAAUGUACGUUGCCGUCCAGGCCACUCUGGCGUUGUACGCUUCGGCCCGGACCACAGGGAUCGUCAUGGACAGCGGAGAUGGCGUUACGCAUACCGUGCCUAUCUACGAAGGCUACUGCUUGCCCCAUGCGGUCUCCAGGCUGGACGUGGCCGGGAGGGAUAUCACCGAGUACUUCAUGCGGCUCCUUCUGGAGAGCGGGCAUUGCUUCAUCAGCACGGCCGAACGUGAAAUUGUGAAGGACAUCAAGGAGAAGCUCUGCUACGUGUCUUUGGAUCCCCUCCAAGAAAUGAGAGCCAAGCCAGAGGAACUGCUGAAGGAGUAUAAACUACCCGAUGGCAACGUCAUCAAGAUCGGGAGUCAGCUCUUCCGAGCCCCAGAGACCCUUUUUGUGCCCGCGAACGUCGGUGUCGAAGCUCCUGGCAUUCACAGAAUGACCUUCAACAGCAUUAUGAAAUGUGACAUCGAUGUCCGCAGAGACCUUUACGGAAAUAUUCUCCUUUCGGGUGGAUCCACUCUGUUCCCUGGCUUGGAUGAGCGUAUCCUGAAGGAAAUGCAACUUCAAGUGCCGAUCGGGAUCUCGGUAAGGAUCAUCGCCCCGCCGGAGAGGAAGUACUGCGUGUGGAUCGGGGCCUCCAUUCUGACUUGCUUGACAUCUUUCAAACAAAUGUGGGUCACGCUCGCCGAUUACAAAGAUUUUGGCUCAGGGGUGGUUCACCGGAAAUGUUUUUAAGGAGAAUGAAAACCCUCACCGGUGAUCUUCUGAGAAUGGAGAGAGUUCCAAAAGAGGCUUCCGAUAGCUCUCCUGAUACCAAAAAAAAAAAAAAAAGAUUCAGCUGUCUGUAGAUAUUUUGGCUGGCCAGAAUGUACCAGAAAAUAAAUAAUUAGAUAAAUGCC